UACGCGUUCCCGCUCAGUCCGUUAACAGACUUUGUUGCGUACGCACCCCUUCAUAGAAAACAGAAGAAAUUCGAAAGUUUGGUUCGGGGUACAAUAACAUUGCGCAAGCGAUGGCGGCGGAAACUCACGAGGACGCGAUAGCGACAUCCUGCGGGCGACCGUGGCCCUAUUGAUAUCACCUAUCACUCGUUUGUAUGCAAAUUCUUCGUGCAGGUGUUAACGUUCAGUGUUGUUGUUGAAGUUGAUGUGACAUCACACGUUCGGAAAAUGUUCCGGAGCAGGAAAGGGCAGGCGAUCAGCGAGGCUGAUGUCCGCCGGGAACAGGCGCUCGGGUAUCAGAACCGGUCAAAUGUCAGCGGUUCGCGCCUCCGCGUUCGUCGCGGGUCGAGUUUGACGGAUUUGGAUAAGUUGCGUUGUGGCGGAGGAUCUAGCGGGGGUGGUUCCAUUGGGGAUUUGAUGAACAUGUUCAGUGGUAGUGUGAAUUCUGUCGGGAGUGAUACUUUGGUGGCUAGGACUGUGCCGUUGGAGACUGUUCGUCGCAAUAUGCCCCCUGUGUCAGCCCCGCCAUCGCGUCCACCUUCGUCACCGCAUGUCCAUGUGUCCAGACCCGUGGGUCCGUUGACGAUGGCUCAGCGCACUUUAAGAUUUAGCCGACUGCUGAAGUACCAACCUUGUUCCGCCGACGUUCUUAUUACACUGGUGAGUGGCACCACUUACGUUUUAUUAUUAUGGAUUUAUGGACUCGACUAAUAAACCUCAUUUGUAAUAAGUUAGCGAUACAAUUCUGUAUGACGAGGAAGUUUUUAUACACAAUAAGUUUUCCAAGCUUUACAAGUAUUAUUAUCAGUCAAGUGCAUAUUUUUAUCGGUCGUGAAAGCUUGUCAAAUAGCCCUAGUUGAGGAUAAUUGCGUUAUUUUGCCAUUAUCAAUUGAUCAUUUUGAUAGCAUUUGACAUUAUCUCAACAAUGCUUAGCUUUGAUAAUGACGAAGUAUUUUCUCGAAAAUUUUAAUAUGUCUGGGUAUAAAUAUUGUUAAACUGAUGUUUAGACGCGAUGAAGUAGGUUACGAAAGUUCAUUGACCGCCUGAAGAUAACAUUUAGUGUAAAAUGUCGGGUACCAUGUGUUUAGUGGCUGUUGAUAGCAAUUUAUAGAAGCAAUUAAAGUAUACAAUACAUCUUGAGCGUAACGAAUGCAAUACAAUAGAACACAUAAUGUAGGUAUUCUAUUUUAAUAUUCAAAUACAUAGAUAU